ACGAUAACUUGUCAUUUUGCACCUGGCAACACUGGUGAAGCAUGUCAGAGAAAAAAAAAUGUAAAAGCAAGAUGGCGUUUGACGAAAAAAUAUAUUGUGGUCAUUUUUGUUCUGUGUUCUUAAUCCGUGCGUGGACGUACACAAAUAGGCCGUGAAAUAGAGUAAAUUGUUGCAAUUGUUUUUAUCGGGAUAUAUCAAUCAGAGCGGUUGACGCUCCUAAGGCUAGUUUAGCUUGUUAGCUGCUUACAAGACGCGGAAGUGAUCAACAUAAAGAUCGGCAAAGAAGUGUUGUGAUUGUGUGGAAAAAUGUGCGAAACUACGACAGCCGAGUACGAGGAACAACUUUCUCGAACAAAAGAGGACAACGAGCUACAACGUCAACUACUGGACCCCUUUUUAAAGAAACAUCCAACAUUACACGGAGCAGACGUCCAUGAAGAAUAUCAGCAGGAGUGGAGCUCCACGGUGGAGCAGGAUGAGCCAAAGCCCCGCCACAUAAAAGAGGAAGAGGAGGAGCACAGCAUCAGUCAGGAGGGAGAGCAACUCGAGGGACUGGAGGAGUUUCCACUGAUUGGUGUCAUUGUGAAGAGUGAAGACAAAGAAGCUGAGGGAGACCAGUGUGGUGCAUCACAAGCAGACAACCGCUUAGUUCCACUGUCAGAUAGUGAUGACACAACGUCACACUCCGCUGACACUGAUGAUGAAGACUCUAAAGAUGAUAUGAGUUGUCACACUGACAACACACACUGGGAAUGCUCUCAGUGUGACAAAACUUUUAGUGCCAAGGCUUUUUUGAUAAGACACAUGAGAAGGCACACUGGAGAAAAACCUUUUGCUUGCUUAGUCUGCAACAAAAGAUUCUCCCGACAGGAUUACCUGACAAGACACAUAAGAACGCACACUGGGGAAAAACCAUACUCCUGCUCAAUCUGCAACAAAGGUUUUCAUGAUGUUUCAGCGCUGGUUAACCACACACGAAUACACACGGGUGAAAAACCUUUUAUCUGCUUGGUUUGUGGGAAAAGUUUUACUUAUAAGACACAAUUAACAAGUCACAUGAAAACACACACUGGGCAGAAACCAUUUUCCUGCUCAAUCUGCAACAAAGAUUUCCGUCAAAGCUCAGCGUUGGUUCGACACAUGAGAGGACACACCGGAGAGAAACCCUUUGGUUGCUCGGUGUGCGGUCAAAGAUUUUCUCAAAGUCAAAGUUUGAAAACACAUAUCCGAGCGCACACGGGUGAGAAGCCUUUUCCCUGUUCGGUCUGCGGGAAAAGAUUUACUCGGAAUACAAAUUUGAUGGCACACACAAGAAGACACACUGGGGAGAAAGUGUUGAGUUGCAGUGUGUGUGAUGAGAGCUUCUUUUAUAAGUAUCAGGUUAACAAACACAAGUGUGCUGGUGAGAACAGCAAUAGAGAGCCAGAAGUGAUCAGGACAUCGCUACGCAGAGAUCAAAGUGUGAGUGUACAUUGUUGUGAUUGUGUCAAAACAUGUGCGAAAGAACGAUUGCGGAGUACGAGGAGGAAUAUUCCCGAACAAAAGAAGAGAACGAGCAACAACAUGAAUUGGACGCUGUUUUCAAGACAAAUCAAGUUGUGUCACACACAGAAGGCUCAUUACAAUGUUCGCUUUCCCCUUGAACAACAACAAACCUACUACUCGAGGCUGACUACGGGAGAAAACACCGACUACUUCAGGACACACGACAUUGGUGAAGAACAUCUCCACCCUGAGCAGCAAGAACGUAGCCUCAGAGUGGAGCAGAAGAAGCCGCAGCCCCCUCACAUUAAAGAGGAAGUUGAAGAACUCCCUCACAUCAAAGAGGAAGAGGAGGAAAACAGCAUCAGUCAGGAGGGAAAGCCUCCUAAAGGACUGGAGGAUGUUGAUGUCACCAAGUUUUCAGUGAUUGGUGUCAUUGUGAAGAGUGAAGAUGAUGAAGACGAUGGUGUAAACGAAGAGACAAGACAGGAGGUUCUGUUUGCAGGCUCCACUACUCAACACAUAACAGAAGCUGAUGGAGACCACUUCGGAGCAUCACAAGCAGCCAUCGUAGCUCCACUAUCAGAUAAUAUUGACACAAUGUCACACUCUUCAGACACUGAUGAUGAAAACUCUAAAGCUGAAAUGGUAUAUCACACUGACAACAUGCCUUGGAAAUGUUUUCAGUGUGACAAAACCUUUAGCAACAAGGGAAAUCUCAACAUGCACAUGAAGAUCCACUCAGGAGAGAAAACCUUUUCAUGCUCAUUUUGUGGUAAAACAUUCUUUCAGAAGGCAAAUUUGACAGCACACACAAGAACACACACAGGAGAGAAACCUUAUUCUUGCUCUGUGUGUGGUAAAAGAUUUUCUAAAAAUGAUGGUUUAAAAAGACACGCGGGAACACACACGAGAGAGAAACAUUUUCUCUGCUCGGUGUGUGGUAAAAAAUUCUCUAAAAAAGAUGGUUUAAAAAGACACACCAGAAUACACGAUGUUGAGCAACCUUUUUUCUGUUCAGUGUGCAACGCACAUUUUGGUCACAGUUCUGAUCUGGCUCGACACACGAGAGGGCACACUGGAGAGAAACCUUUCACCUGCUCAGUUUGCGGUAAAGGAUUCUAUCAUAAGUCACAUUUUGAGGAACAUACCAGAAUACACACUGGAGAGAAACCGUUUCUUUGUCCGUUGUGCGGUAAAAGUUUCUCUAAAAGACAUGGCUUAAACAGACACACACAAACACACACUUGAGGGGGGAAAAAAAAACACAUUUUGUUUAUUGUAUGAUCAGCGGUUCUCAAAUAAGGUUUUGUAUUGUGUACAUAUCCGACACUAGUGUCGAAUCAAACUCUACUUUCUAAAAAGGUAACCAUAACACAAGUUAUGUUUAAAAUUAAGUGUAUAUAUAUAUUUUUACAAAACGUGUGAAAUUCAAGUUGCCACGAUUGUCAUUUAAAUAUUACAAAAAUAUAAAUUAAAUAAUUGAAUAAUACAUUCACAAAAAUUAUAUUUUGAUAUUAAUUUCUAAUGAUCUCAAUUUACCCCAAAACAUCGGGACUUGGCAUACGAUGCACCAAACGUGCACAAGUAGCAAGGCACGGGAUUCUGUUCAUAUGCUGUAUGUGUAUGACAAAACUUACAUUUAGUCAUCAAGGCACACAAGGCUGGCUGCCAAAAUUGAUCGAAAACGGGCUAUUUUGACAAGACGUGCUUCAAGAGGAAAAUGACGUCAGAGAUUUAAUUACCAAAAUAAAGGCACAGGAACAUUACAGAACUAGUUAAUUGCACACAAUAUACUUUUUUACAGUAACCUAAAUGACACAAAACACCCAAAUUAAGGAGAAAAUACAUAAAUUAAACUUAAUACCAAAUAUAAUCCUAAUGAAACAAUAUUAAUUCAAAAUAAUUAAAACUAAGAGCUUCACGGUGGAAGAGGGGUUAGUGCGUCUGCCUCACAAUACGAAGGUCCUGCAGUCUUGGGUUCAAUCCCAGGCUCGGGAUCUUUCUGUGUGGAGUUUGCAUGUUCUCCCCGUGAAUGUGUGGGUUCCCUCCGGGUACUCCGGCUUCCUCCCACUUCCAAAGACAUGCACCUGGGGAUAGGUUGAUUGGCAACACUAACUUGGCCCUAGUGUGUGAAUGUGUGUGUGAAUGUUGUCUGUCUGUCUGUGUUGGCCCUGCGAUAAGGAGGCGACUUGUCCAGGGUGUACCCCGCCUUCCGCCCAAUUGUAGCUGAGAUAGGCACCAGCGCCCCCCGCGACCCUGAAAGGGAAUAAGUAGUAGAAAAUGGAUGGAUAAUUAAAACUAAACACUACAUACAUAAAUUAAAUAAAUAGCUCCAGCAGAUUCUAAAAGUUCAACUUCAACUGUUAAAGUAAAAGUGCCAAUGAUUGUAAAACACACUAGGUGCAGUUAAAUGACCCUCUGCAUUUGACCGAUCUCCACAGGAGAGCAAUGAGCAGCAGCGGUAGCCACGCCCGGGAAUCAUUUGGUGAUUUAACCCCUAACCUACCGAUCUCAGGGCGGACACUCUAACCACAAGCCCACUGAGCAGUUAUAUGUUCUUUUCCCAUUUGCAAUAAAAACUAGCGUAUAGUUCUAAGCUAUGAUGUACUUUUAAGUACUAAGUCACAUUUACGAACAAAGCUCAAAAAGUACUAUUCCCUUAGACCAGGGGUCUCUAACUCAAUUUACCUCGGGGCCGUUGGAGGCAGAUUUGGGUGGGGCUAAACUGUAUCAGGUAUUCCACAAGAAAACUGGUUGAAAAAAAUCCCAAUCUUCCCUAAUUAAGUUAAACAUUAAAGUACCAUUGAUUGUCACACACACACUAGGUGUGGUGAAAGUAUUCUCUGAAUUUGACCAAUCACCCUUGAUCACACUCUGUCUUUAUAUUUAUUUUUUAACACUAAAGGAGAUGAAAAAAUAAAUAUAUAUAUAUUAUAAAUAAAAUAUGAGUAAAUUUGGGGAUGUGGAAUUUAUUGUAAUUCCACUUUGUGCCACUAUCGUGUUUAGCCAAUGCAUGGAGAACGUUAUUUUCGCAAUGUGCGUCAUUUCUGCUUUUUCCUGUUCAGGAGCACGGCGCAGGAUAGUAGCCUGUUAGCAGUCUCCUUUGUUCCUGUGGAUGUCUUUAAUGACAUAAACACCAUAGCACUUUAACUUAACUAUGGGACGGUGUGACUCAGGUGGUAGAGCUAGAGGGUUCCUGUUUCAAUCCCAGUUUCUGCCAUCAGUGAGUAAAUGUGUGUAUGAAUGGUUGAAUGUGGAAUUGGCCUCAAAGUGCUUUGAGUACCUUGAAGGUAAAAAAGCGCUAUAAAAGUAUAAACCAUUUACCAUUUAGGAAGUACCGCGAUUUCUCCCGGAGUGUUAUCCACUAUGCUGUUACUCGAAAAAAAGCGGAACUGACACUGUGCUGUUGUUGUGGUAAAAGUAGUAAUAAAAGACAAAUGGAAUCAAAAAGAACUAUAUGUAGUAUUAAUCGUGUGAAGUAAAGCAAAUACAUUGCAAACAGCAUGAUGACGUUUAUUCCUUCCAGCCUGCCUGUUUGCCUCGUGUGUUUUUUGAUUUUGUGCCUAAGCCUUUUGUUGCAGUGCCUUUUCUUCUAUUGGCACCAUAGUUUUUAUUUUUUGAAUAAUUAACAGCGUGGACAAUAAAAUACUUGUGGCUCUCACUG